AUGUAAAUCCAGAGGGAUUAGUGAGAACACACUGGGCUGUAAACCCUUCAUUUGCUCUCCGAGGGGUCUCUGCCUCAGUGCGUAAAGUUGGGGACGAGGCUUUGGACUUAUUAUCCCACUGGCUCCACGUGCGUCACCUCUGCGGGAUACUUGAAGAGGAUUUCUGAUACUUUGAUACUACCAACCCGAGCUCGUCACUGACAGAUGAAAACAUUAGGAGUUCUGCUAGUGUGAAGGCGCGUUUUCCCCUGAAACAGACCAUCUGUCCCGGAGAGCAGAGGGGACAUGGGUCAACUUUAUGGUGCGACUCUUUUACCAUUUGGCGCUAUCUGUGUUGUUUUCCUGUGGGAAUCUGGUGCCAGCUCCAUCAGGGCGACGCUCGCAGUCGACACCUCGAGAUCGGAGUGUCCAGAUGAUAAGAUCGUGACGGUGGAGUAUCCCUGUGUCAGAGCUGGGGGGAAGAACAGCACUUGUUUCAGGAGGAAAUGCUGUGACGGAUUCAGGUUUGUGAUGGGCCACUGCAUUCCUGAAAGUGUGGAUGUGUGUGCAGCGUCGCCCUGCGAGCAGCAGUGCACUGAUAACUUUGGGCGAGUGGUGUGCACAUGUUACCCCGGCUAUCGCUUCGACCGAGAGAAGCACCGCAACCACAAGUCUCCUUACUGUCUGGACAUUGAUGAGUGUGAGCACCCAGGCAGCAGCAUGUGUGACCAUGAGUGUGUGAACACAGCGGGCAGCUUCCUGUGUCACUGUCACAGCGGCUACAUUCUCGCACCGGACCAACGCUCCUGCAUCCCUGUUCACAACUUGAGUUCAUCGGGGAAGUCAGACACCCUGAUGAGUGCUGGUACCUGCUCCUUCACCUGUGAGGAUUUUAUGAACAUGAAAACCAGUCUGCUGCAGCUGAAACUAAGGCUGGGCAACUCACAGUCACCCAACCAGGUACCGGACCUGGCCAACAGAAGUGAUAAGCCAUCUCUGGGGAGGGCAGGAAAAAGUCCUGAUAGCCCUUGUCUUUCUGUUCUACCCGGUCCUCCAGGAGCUCCUGGGGUCCCAGGACACCCAGGAGAACCGGGAAAGAGAGGGGACCCGGGGGACAGGGGCCUGCCCGGCCCUCGGGGUCCACGGGGAGACAUGGGGCCCAUGGGUCCAGAGCCUGACCUGAAGCAUGUGAAAAGAGGCCGCAGGGGGCCAGUAGGGACCCCCGGGGCAACAGGAACAGAUGGACUGAAGGGUGACAGAGGAGCUCCGGGUCCCAUAGGUCCACCUGGACCGCCCGGCUCCUUCGACUUCCUCCUGCUGAUGAUGGCUGACAUCCGCAAUGACAUCAUUGAACUGCAGGAGAAGGUGUUCGGGGAGCGGAGGGGCAUCUCCCUGGACAGCCCUCCUCAAUCCAGCGGGGAAAUGGAUUUUGUGGAGUGGGGAUCUGGACAAGGAGAUCUCCUGCUCAGCACCUGACCCCUUUUUUGCCAACCCCCCAACGCCCACCCGCCUAUGUCAAAAGCCACUCGGCAGACCCCGGCAAAACAAACUCCACACUCUCAAACUCUUGACUCUUUUGUUUUUCCUCGUUGAUAAAGGAUGCUGGUGGUUAAGGAGCCGACAUGUAAAUAGGCCUCAACCACCCAGCCGGGAUGAACUGGUCGAGGAACCUCGGUUGCAUUCUCGACACUGCCAAGGACAGUAAAAAAGAGAGAUACAAGGAUUUUUAAAAACGGAAAUUGGACGCUGGUAACCACUGCACAGCGCCGUCUGGCUGCCUUUCAUAUGCUGUGAGUGUGAGCGAUGUGUGCAGGACAUAGAGUGAGAAAGAUGCAGUGUCUGCCUUUAUGUCUGAGUCCCUGAGCUUGAACCGCUUCAAACGAUGAACUUUAUCGUCUACAUCUCUUCCUGUUCCUGAGUCUGCCCCGUUGGAAGCUCUGCUGCCUCUGACAGUUUGCCUGCAGGGUGUUUGGUACAAAGACAGAGGACCAGCACUGUGAGAGUCCCCCUGCACCUGCCUGCAGUGUCCAGGCUCUGUAGCUCCUCUCUACUCUGAGGCAUCUUCGGACAAUAAUUCAUGAGAUUUAUGAGAGUAUUACAAUCCCAAUUCUGUACUGUUGGACAUAAACAGUAAUGUCUGAUGUAUUUUUUUAAUUGUACAAUUAAACAACUCUAGUUCAACUUUGAUAGACAAAAAUGCACGUUAAAUGAGAGAGACAUCCAAUACUUUGACAGUGCAUUUUAAAUAAUGUACUGGUCUGUGGA